AUGCGGGACCGGAUGUCACGGCGCAAAAAUCUAGCCGGCCUGUUCGCGGCCACCGUCGUCUGCAUUCUGUUGCUGUACGCGAGCAAACGCUACACCUCGCCCAGCUAUGGCACGGAGUACUUCAGGCCACGGGAGCGUUCGGCCAAUCUGCGGAUGCUCAACUCGCACAGGUACUUCGGCCGAUCGAACGUUAUCCUGGCAGGAUCGCUUUCCUACGACACAUACCCGCCAAUGCCAACAGACCACAACGCCACCGUCAUCAUCGAGGAUGUUCUAAGCUACCAGCGAGGAUUGGUCGCAGCCGAAUGCACCGACACUGCGUACGGUGAGCGAAAGCUUCCCGAUGGGUGGACUCCCGAAACCGGUGGCACGCCAUCCCGGAGCAUCAUCAUCACAACCUGGCGCUCCGGAUCCACCUUCCUCGGGGACAUUCUGAACGCACUGCCCGGCAACUAUUACCACUACGAGCCGUUGCUUGAUUUCGACAUCGUACAAAUCCGCGGACCGCCCAACGAUACCGUCGCGUUGCACAACCUGCGCCAGUUGCUGCGGUGCGAUUAUCGCGAGCUGGACAACUACCUCGAGUUUGGCCGGACGCACAACUAUCUGUUCAGCCACAACACGCGCCUGUGGCAGCAGUGCAUCCGGUUCCCGCAGUUCUGCUACGAGCCGCGCUUUCUCGGACCAUUCUGUCGGUUGUUCCCGCGCCAAAGCAUGAAAGUGGUGCGGUUGCGGGCUUCCCUCGUUACGCCACUCCUCGAGGACGACAGCCUCAACGUACGCGUCGUCCUUCUGAUCAGAGACCCACGUGGUUCGAUGCAGUCACGGAAACAUCGGGUGUGGUGUCCUGGCCGACCGGAUUGUGACGAUCCCAGCACCGUUUGUAGCGACAUGCAGCUUGACUAUGAGGCGGCGAUCGAGCUAAGCAAGCGGUUCCCGAAACGGUUUCGCGUGGUACGGUACGAGGAUCUGUCGCUGAAUCCCUACAAGAUGACCAAAGAGAUACUGCAGUUCUAUGGGCUUCCAUACCAUCCGGAGGUGAAACUGUUCCUGGAUACCCACACCAAGCAGGACGUCGGUGGUGUCAGCUCAACAUAUCGCGAUUCCAAAUCGGCCCCGUUCCACUGGACGAAGGAUCUCACGUUCGACGAGGUUCGUAUCAUUCAGGAUAGCUGCGUGGCGGCGAUGAAGAGCUGGGGCUACCGGAAUGCCACCAGCGAGCGCGAACUGUACGACAAUUUCAACCCGCUCCUGUCGUACAGCGUUUCGUGA